ACACAGACACGUCCUCGCCUCGGGUUCCACGUGGAUGCUGUUCUUUGACCAAAACAGAUGCCAGUUCGAAUACUUUCAAAAUACAUCCUUCUUUCAUUUUAUUACAUUUAUAAUUCCUCCUCUACAUGAGGAUAUUUAUUAUCUAAAGUCAACAAAGCUAGAUAGAUGUAAUCAGGGGCUCCAUAUAGCUUCCAACUCUCCUGUCAUGUCAGAUCAGUGAUUACUUUAAAGAAAAGGAGGAAGAAAGGAUGUAUUUUUAAGUAUUCGUUCGCGGCCCAGGCCUCUCGCCGCUGCGCAGUGCAGUGUAGAUAUUACCGGAGGGCGAGAGGGUUGAACUGAAUGGUAAAAUCUCCCGCCAUGAAAUCAGAAUCUGAAUUUACAACAGGACGUUAGGAUGCGUUCGUUUUUCUACUCAUCAAACAGGCCAACAGGUGCGUCAUUAGAGUCUGGCGCUGACAUGCUGGUGACAGGUAUGCUAUCCCUGCUCCUGCUCGCGCACCAGUGUGUGUCCGCGCCACAGGUGCCCGAGGACCAAAGAGUACAGUCAGCGGGAGCCCUUCCCCCAUUCACACUGGCCAAUCCCUUCGGUUCUGGAGAGGAGGACCGCAGGCUGCUGCAGAGCUACAUUAAGGCCAACCUAAAGGAGGGACAUGGAGGACCGGAUAACACCUGGGAACAAGAGGUGUUCUUCCUGUUCAGUCUCCAUGACUACGACCGCAGCGGUCACAUGGACGGCCUGGAGAUGAUGAAGCUGCUCUCUGAAUACAACUCCCACAAUGCACCUGGAGAACAGUCAGCUGAGUUGGUGGCCAUGGUAGACUUUCUCCUGCAGACUCAGGAUCUAAACCAGGACGGUCUAAUAGCUCCCCCUGAGCUUCUCUCUCCUCCCAAACUACAACAGCCAGACUCUAACUCCCAGGGUGCACCUGAACAGGAAGGGGGUGUAGAUGUCAAAGAGGGAGUCAAUGUUGAGGAACCAAAACAAGAGGCAGAGCAGGAAGAGGAAAAGGAAGCAGAGGAACAGCUCAAGGAGGAAGAGUCAAGGCCAGGAGAUCAGGGACAGUAAAUUAAGACAUGAACAUUCUAUACAGGAAGAGGCGAAAGGACCACAUAUCCCAUAGGCCCCUGCUGCUGAUCAUGAGCAACAAAGGCCUGCUCCUGUACUACAUCAGGGGCAACCUGAGAUGUAAACACAAUUAUAAUACGCAAACAGCACUCCAGCACAACACUUCCAUCCAGAGAGUUGGGUCAGCCAAUAGCAGGGGCCUGUUGACUGACAUGCAGAGUUACCAAAUCACAGCCUCUUAUACACCUUUGAGGGUCUUGUUUCAGUUUCAAGCUGAUGGAUUGUCCACUUUUUUUGUAAAAAAGUCAAGGUAUGUCAGCCAUAUUGUUUUCAAGCUGCUGUUUCAUUUCAACACAUUGCUCUUCUGAACAAGAAACAAUAUCUCAGGUUUGAAUGUGUUGUGCCAAAAGAUAUGCCUUACACUGCUAAAUAGCAGUUUGGCCAUUUGGUUUUCAUGUACUUUUUGCAGUAAAUAGUUACCCUGUUGAAGCAAUCCAAAUUAAGCCAUAAAUUAGAAAUGGACAAUUUGAAAAGUUCAGGAAUACGUCAAGUGCAACGCCUUCCAACGAUACUUGGGAGUCGAAGUAUUCCCCUUCCCAGAACACACUGCAGUUCAUCCCCCCAUGGAUGCAAAAGGAAUGGACUGAGGAAGUGGAAAAUUCAAGCUCAUGGAUUUGGGCUCCUCAUUACUGCAUUUGUUUAGACUAGAUUCAUCAUUAGGGACAUUUUGUUUUUACUGGUAACUCAGGUCAAAAACCUUGGUUCCUUAUGCAACCUGCAACUUGAUUUGUACAAAUACUUUUGGUUCCCUGCACAGUCCCAAUACAGAGUUGCCCCCUUCUCCCAGGGUGCACACAUCCCUUUGAAAUCCAUGAAGCGAAUUACCAAAUAUACACUUUGGGGAGAAGAGUCAUCUAAAAAUUGGGCUAGGAUUUUUAAUGCUUUUGAUUUCAUGUAAUUAAACAAUUUUGGGAUUCAUUUAAGAA